AUGUCUACAUUCGAUGGCGUUGUCGCCGAGUUCCCUGAUAUCCGUAUCGACUACUUCCGCCAAAGCUCCUCUCAGAAUGCUCGUCCGGCUCUCGCCAAUUUCCUGAGCCAUGUCCAUUCAGAUCACCUCCAAGGCCUUGAGUCCUGCCGGGGCCCCUUCAUAUGGUGCACCACAGCGACGCGCGAGAUCUUGCUUCGGCUGGAGAAGUAUCCGCAUCGCAUGAACUUCGCGACAGGCAUUCUGGAAAGCCGUCAACAAACGUACAAGCAUCUUCGCAAGUUACUCAAGCCAAUUCCACUGGAGACGCCAACGGACAUUGAGCUUGUGCCCGGUCGGUCUAUUCGAGUGACACUGCUCGACGCAAAUCAUUGUGUUGGUGCUUGCAUGUUUCUCAUCGAGGGAGAUGGCAAGGCAAUUCUUUACACCGGAGACAUCAGAGCUGAGCCCUGGUGGGUGAAUGCACUGAUACGUAAUCCUGUCAUGCUGCCAUAUGCUUGCAAUGGCAAGGCACUCCCACAAAAGCAGCUAGACACGAUUUAUCUAGAUACCACAUUUGCAAAUAAAGGUGAUCGCUACCGACAUUUUCCGACCAAAGCAGAAGGUAUCGACGAGCUGUUGCAGAAAGUGGCGCAAUAUCCACGCGAGACGGAGUUCUACAUUGAUGCCUGGACGUUUGGCUACGAAGAUGUCUGGCAAGCUGUUUCGGUCUUUCUCCGCAGCCAGAUACACGUCGACGAUUACCGUUACGGGCUUUACAAGUCAUUGUGUAAUGGGCCGGAGCCGAAGGCCCCCGAGGCAUACAAGCUCAUUGGAGCAAGGAUAGGCAACGAAGAUCGCGAAGGCUGCCUUUCGACUCGCUAUCGGCGUAUUCAUAGCUGCGAAAGAGGAACAGGUUGCAGUAUUUUCAACAACGACUUUGUACGAAUCACUCCGAUCAUCUCUCGACAUAACAGAAUGGAAAUGGUGGAAGCUGGUGCCGGUGGUGGUCACGGAGACCUGAAUCAACAACACGAGCUCAAGAUUGACGACGGUGUUGUGUAUCAGGAACUCAUGUCACUCUGCAUGGAGAAGUUGCACGACCAGCCUAAUAUAUCUUCCAGUGUGAUCCAAAUGCUCAAGGACGCGACUUCGAACGGCGGCGCAGCCAUCUCACUCUCACUGUCAGAUUUCUCAAGUGAAGCCAGCACUCAUUCUGUAGCGCGUGGGGCGGACGAAGACGCACUCGACGAAGUGGAGAGAAACUUGCCUCUUGAGAGACUUGUCUUCUUGCUGGCAAAGCGCGCCACAAAGAUCAAGGCACGCUCAGUCGCUGCUCGCACUGACGUUGCUCUACCGCCACAUAGUGGACUGCCGAAGCAAAUCACUUUCCCAUACUCGCGCCACGCGUCCUAUGGCGAGUUGUGCAUACUCGUGAAGGCUCUGAUGCCGCGGAACAUCUAUCCCUGCACCGUGGACAAGAGCAACUGGGGUCCUGAACAUACUAUGUCGUACUUGUUCGGCCAUUUGUACCCCACGUCACAAGCGUUUGGACACGACACUAUGAUGCUGAGACAGUACACCGUGGACAUGGACAAUGCGGACUCUUUGGGUGAGCAGACUCAGUAUCAGGAGAUGGAGACACAGCGCUCGGCGUCUGCCGAGGAGAAUCACACUCGAGCCCACGACACGCAAGCGUCUGCUCCCAGAUCAUCGCCUCCCGCUGAACAGCAGAUGAGGAAGCAUCGGAGCAACGAUCAAGAUGAGCCAGCUCCAGCCAAGCGCUGGAAACGAUCACUGGAGCACUUCUCUUCUAGCUCUGCAGCCAAGACUGGGUUGGAGGAACUCACAAGCGACCAGAUGAGAGAGGCAGUGCAGAGAAUGGCGUACAAUGCAGCCCUUGGAAAUGGCGGCGGAGAGUGGUCCCUCGUCAGCGUUGAUGGUCACGGUACCAAAGAAGAGGAGCUGUAGACUGCUUGCAUGUGGUCGAUGGAUUGGUCUGCAUUAAGAUGUGUCUACGAUACCGCACUUGGCACCAUUUCAGCGCAUUUGUAAGGUCAGGUAGCAGAUGAUGCUGUCCUUGCCGUGUGCCGAGACUAAUAUGGUAUGGGACGCGACUUCCUCGGUUUCCUGCAACUUCCUUACAGCGCGACCCGAUCGCAGCUUCCUCACCGCACCAUUAUGAUAAUCGGCAUCUCCACCUCGCACAAUACCUAAACCGAGCCCGUUCCCGUCUCUCGUCGUCGACUUCAAUCUGAACCUCACCACGACCACCACCGACACACACUUCAUUCCCCGCCUGCUUUCCCAAUCACCUCAUACACCUCAUACUUUCACUUCCAGUACAGUCUACACAUCACCGCAUUCUUCACUUCACCACCUUAGCCAUCGCUACGUCUCGCCGGUUUACUCUGCAAAGCAUUCAGUAUGCCUGCCUCUGUCGCUGCAAGCGAGACCGAGGACGACGAGGUCCGGCAUGAAAUCCAUGAGAUCGAUAUCCUUCUUUCCCAUGG